UGAUUUACAAGUCGGAGAGAGAGGGCGGUGAACAGCCUCCAGAGGGUGGCUUCCUGGGACUCACCACCAAGAUGUUUCAAGUGAAAAGGCUGGAGGAAAUCAGCACGUGCUACGACAGCAACGGCCUGCAGAAAAUGGCUUUUUUCCAGUGCAUGGAAAAGGUUGAGAAAGUGAAAUGUUUUCUGGAAGAAAAUUCUAGUGAACAGGAUCCAGGACCUGGAGAGAAUGAGCUGAAGGAGGAGGGAUGGCCAAACUCUGAUCCGAAGCAAGGAGCACCUGCCAGCUGCGAAAGAACAUCACUGCUCGCAGCAAGAGAAGUCGGUGUGCAGAAGGCUGAGCAAGUCGAGUCCACAGGCUGCAGUAAACGAAGAGUGACGGAGGAAGAGGAGGAGGAGUGCUUCAUCAACGAGGACAACAAGAAGAGCAGAAUGGAUGGAGCGGGAGCGGGCCAUCAACAUGCCUUGGAAAGGCCCCAGGAAGCCGUGCAAACGCAGGAGAGCGACCCGGGCGAGCCCCAGGAACUUGCUGGAAUGAAGACCUCCAGAGAGCCAGAACUGGGGAUCCCACUGGAUGGCAUCCUGGCACCUGCUGCCCCAUUCGGUCACCGUAUUGUGACAGCCAAACAGGAGGCGGUCAACAGUUUCUAUACCGUGAGCAAAACAGAAAUCUUAGGAGGCGGGCGUUUCGGCCAGGUUCACAAGUGCGAAGAGAAAGCUACUGGACUGAAGCUGGCUGCCAAAAUCAUUAAGACCAGAGGCGUGAAGGACAAGGAAGAAGUAAAGAACGAGAUCAAUGUCAUGAACCAGCUGGACCAUGUGAACCUCAUUCAGCUCUACGAUGCCUUCGAGUCCAAGAAUGACAUCGUGUUGGUCCUGGAAUAUGUGGAUGGUGGGGAGCUCUUCGACCGCAUCAUCGAUGAGAACUGCAACCUGACGGAGCUGGACACCAUUCUGUUUGUCAAGCAGAUAUGCGAGGGCAUCAGACACAUGCAUCAGAUGUACAUCCUGCACUUGGACCUGAAGCCUGAGAAUAUCCUGUGUGUGAAUCGGGAUGCUAAGCAAAUAAAGAUUAUUGAUUUUGGAUUGGCCAGAAGAUACAAGCCCAGGGAGAAGCUCAAGGUGAACUUUGGGACCCCGGAGUUUCUUGCCCCCGAAGUCGUCAACUAUGAUUUCGUUUCCUUUCCCACGGACAUGUGGAGCGUGGGGGUCAUCGCCUACAUGUUACUUAGUGGCUUAUCACCUUUCCUGGGAGACAACGACGCGGAGACACUAAACAACAUCCUGGCCUGCAGGUGGGAUCUGGAGGACGAAGAGUUUCAGGACAUCUCCGAUGAGGCCCGGGAGUUCAUCUCCAAGCUUCUCAUCAAGGAGAAGAGUUGGCGAAUAAGUGCGAGUGAAGCGCUUAAGCAUCCUUGGCUGUCAGACCACAAGCUCCACGCCAGACUCAGUGCCCAGGAGCAUUGCAACACUGAUCCUAUUACUCCCAAUUAA